AUGGCCGCGCCCCUUCCUCCCGACAACUCGCCUACUGCCCUCUGGCCCGUCGGGGACGACCUGCGCACCUCGUGGCAAGACCUCUUCCUCCACACCCGCCUGGCCGCCCUCCAAGCCGGCCUCGCCCGCACCGCCUACACCUGGGACGACGACGCGCGCCAGCUCGUCAUCUCGAGCGUCGGCAACACCUCGACCAAGGGCAAGGGCAAGUACAAGGAGGGUGGCGACGAGCGUCGAGUCGACGUCGAUGCGCGUGACGGCGGCUGGCCCGUCGAGCGCGAGGGCGACGACGACAUGACGAGGACGUGGAACGCCCAACGUCGAGAUCAGAGUGCGUCGAGUGCGUCGAGUGCAGAGGGCGCAGACCGGGAGCCGGGCGACGACGAUUACCUGACCGCCGAGCUCAUCCGCCGCCGCGACCACGUCAACCACGGUGAAAAGCUCAACUUCACCGACCUGUGCAUCGCGCGCACGCGCCUGCGCUGCGCGCUCGAGCCCAUGUCGUGCUCGUUCUCGGUCGUGCUCGAGGUCCAGGUCGGCUCGACCAAGGCCCGCUGCGUCGAGCUGCGGCCUGAGCAUUCGUGCGAGAUCGAGAUGCCGCCUCCUCCAGCUCCGCUCUCGGCCAUGCUCGACUACUUCGGCCCGACGCUCCUGUACGGCCUCAAGCACAAGGCGCGCGUCCUCGACCCGGUCACGGGCCUCAAGGUGAACCGCAGGAAGCUCAAGCUCAAGCAGAAGAAGGCGGCAAAGGCCGAGCGGGCGGCCCGAGAGUCCGAGGCGGUCGAGCCUGAGGAGCCGAAACCUCUCGAGAGGGUCACCCUCUCGCAGUCGGAGAGGCUCGCCGUGCUCAAGAAGGCAGCACCGCCGCCCGACAAGGGCGAGAAGGCCGGCACCAGCAGCGCCAAGGCCAAGCGCAAGGCUCGCAGCGUGGCCUGGGCCGAGAAGCGGAAGAAGAAGCGCGACGAGUAGCGGAGCGGUCUCAGCUGUAACGUCUGUGCACUUUCUGUUCGUC